AUAAAGAAAUGAGUGGAUAAUAAAACCACUGAAUCUGCUUGCUUGCUUCAGUUGGAAGCAUUAAGAGACAGAACAGCAAUGGCUUCUUCCUCUUCUAUCUCAUUCUCAUGCGCACCUUCACUUGUCUCCACGAAAUCAAUCAACCAUUCUCCUACACGGACACUGCUAUCCUCUCGGUUUCUUGGAACCCGAAACUUAAAACUUCGUAUCCGACCCGCCAGACUCGGACCCUCAAACGGGUCAAGAACCACUUGCUGGUUCAAGUUCGGCAAGAACGGCGUCGAUGCCGAAAGUGCCGGAAUCUACGGCAGUCAGUCUCGUGAUGACUUCGACAAAGACGACGUUGAACAGUAUUUCAAUUACAUGGGGAUGCUUGCGGUAGAAGGCACCUAUUCAAAGAUGGAAGCCCUUCUUAACCUAAACAUUCACCCAGUCGAUAUUCUAUUGAUGUUAGCCGCCACGGAAGGUGACAAACCUAAGAUCGAGGAGCUGCUCAGAGCUGGUGCUAGUUACACGGUCAAAGAUGCCGAUGGAAGAACCGCUCUCGACAGAGCCAACAGUGAAGAGAUCCGUGACUUGAUCCUUGGCUACUCCACUCAGAAGGCUUGAGUUCCAUCUUCAGUUUGAAGUUUGAACACUUGGAACUGCGCAAGUUUUGUUAUGUGCUAGAACAAACUGUCUUUAUAGUUAUAACCCUUUUGUCUUUCGCGCAUGUUUCUUGUUUCUUCCUUUGAGGGUUCUUCUGUGGUGUUUGGUGUUACUGCAGAGGAAGAUCUUUUCACAGGUAGACAAUCCACCACCUUGGUUGUUGCUCUGAACUUGGUUUAGUUGUGUCGGUGUUGAUUCUUGCCGGGCUCACAAGAUUUGUAGAUUUAUCAUAUAUGGUUUUUCUGAAUCUUCUC